AUGGCUGAACGCCGUGCUGCCGAAGAUCCACGGCCCCCUCGCGAUGCUUCGCCUCCAGAGCAAGUGGUGGAAGAUUCUCAUCUUCCCCAAAGCGCUUCUGCUCCAUGGCAGGCUGCACGAAAUAUGCGGCCAUCCCCAAGUGCGCCGCCUGCACGACAGAUUGCCCGCUCCGCUAGAGAUGGAGACGGCCUACGGACUCACAUUCUGCCGGCUUCGCAGAGCGUGCCAUCUCCAGGACAGGCUGCAGCACGUCCGCGGGCAUCUCCAAGUGUAUCGCCUCCACGCAAUGCUGCCCGUUCAGAUAGAGGCGCAGAGGGCCCAAGCACCCGAGGUCAGCAAACUUUUAGAAAUGAUGUGGCUGAGCAGCAGGUCGUCCCACGUCGGCAAGCCACCCGAAGUGAUUUAACACAACAACAGGCUGCUGGUUCAACUGAAGGUGGUGGGAGUCCAGGUUUCUAUGGUACGCAUGCGUCUCCAAGUGGUCCGGCGCAACAGCAAACAGUCACCUCAAGUAGGAGUAGGCAGAACCAACUGGCCCAUUGUACGCAGGCGGGUCAUAGUGCUUCAGAUCAGCAACAGACUGCAGGCUCAGCAGGUGCUGGAGACGGCUCAAGGGUCAGACAUCGGCACGGCUCAGGAAUAGGGGCAAGCAGUGAUAUCGCUCUUCCACAUCGGGAUUUAGCGACCGGGUGCACAGAAACUCCUUCCCAAGGCCUUGGGUCUCGAAAUCGUAUAACUCAAAACCAAGGUGCGGGCUCAGUGGAAGGCAGACAGGAUUUACACCUUCAGAGUCUAAGAGGGUUGCCUAAAAGAGGGACACAAUUUGACCCGAGAAUAACACAUCACAACAAUCAUAGGCAGGCGCGAUUGCCACUAGGAGAGCCGUGCUCCAGAGAAGAGACAAUCAAUCCUAUCCCGAACAACUCGAAAUUGACAAAGCAAGAGCAAAGACGAGCGAAAAGGCAUCAUCGGUACUAUACUUGUCUCAGAACCGACAUCAUACUUGGUCCCAAGACUGACUCAAAAGAUGGGGCACUCGCUGGCGCGCUAACUGCACACGAGUUUGCAGUCUGCCUCGUGUCAAAAUAUAAUAGAGAGCUUCCAAGAGGCUGGCCUGGAAUGAAGGUGGUUGAUGACGCUGAGGACGACGUCUCGAAUGGAGAUGCAUGGCUCCUAGAAAUGGGUAUUGAUGACCACGACGAGGAACAACCUUGGCCAUACUGGUUGGUCUCACCGGCGCUGAGAGUACCUUGUACGCCUACAAGGAGUGAAAAGCCCGGAGAAACAAGAGAGGGAGGAAUCGACUGGAGGAAGGUUACUGCCUUUACUUGGGACCAUCUCAGUAAAAAUUACGUGCUUGACGAAGCCGGCACAAGCUUUACCACAAUUUCCACCUGGUCACGAGGCAACAGAUACACCCCAGGAGCAGAGAAGCUGUAUGUGUCCAGACUCAAGCGCCUCUGCAUAGCCAUCAUCCACUUUGAAGAUGUGUUCCACAGGGUGAUGGAGCAUACGGAUCCGCCUCCAGCGUGGUAUAUUGACGAUCCCCAUUUCCAGAGAAACUGGCGUGACAAUCCCAACCUCGGCCGGCUGCCGCUCACCCAGGCCCAGAGUAUCUACCAGAUCGCGGCGAUAGAGGACAAACCGGAGAACAUGGAGCGCCUACUGCAAUCGAUCGAGCCCGAACUCCACGAUCCGGAUAACCUAUAUUGCUGGGCCCCCAAAAGGUCCUUCCGAGACCACGGCUUCGACGACGACCACGAAAUCACAUUUUUCAUCUCACGCACGUGCACCAGCGCGGCCAACGCGCUCAACUGGAUAGAGACGGUCACGCUCUUCGUCCGCGCCGCCUUUGCAUGUCCGGCCCCGCUUCUCGGAAACAGGAAAUACCCACCAAACCUUCAAGGAUUCGCCCGCUUCCUGCGAGGAAACCACCGUCCCGACGGCACGAGUUACCGGAGAGAUUCUAGCGGAGACUCGUCGUCCAGUUCCGGAAGUGAAUAG